UGCUUCACAUAAACCUAAAAUGACUACGAUUGGCUGUAGUAGCCAAUAAUCAGCGAAGACCAUCGUUUCAUCGGAAUAGAGUUAGUCGAGAAAAUAAUCGUUUUGAUCACAUUCACACGAAACGCUAACGAGAAAAGAGAAAAUCAAGAAGGCAAAAUAGAGCGAAAACAAAACAAUCCUAAAUUACAGAAAUGGAUGAACUUUUUGAAACCGUCCAAGAAACCCCUGAGAAGGUGAAUACCGUUGUUAAAGGUAUAAUUCCAGAAUGGCUUAAUGGCACAUUACUACGUAAUGCUCCAGCAAAAUACGAGUUUGGAAAGCACGCUUACAAACACUGGUUCGACGGCCUGUCCCUUCUCCUUUCCUUCACCAUAGAAAAAGGCGAAGUAAGAUUCCAUAGUAAAUACUUAGAGACGAAAGCGUAUACGAAAGGCAGCAGCGAACAAAGAAUACCAUUUGCGGAAUUUGGAACACCCGAAGUCCCAGAUCCUUGCAAGAAUAUAUUUGCUCGUUUUUUCUCCUACUUCCAGCCGCCGGAGAGAACAGACAACACGGCUGUGAACGUGUUUACUAUGAAAGGAAAGAUAUAUGCAAACAGCGAUUCACCUUAUAUGAACGAGAUCGAUCCUAACACUCUUGAAUUACUUCAGUCAGCGAAUGCAAAAACUGACAUCAAAUCUGCAAGACUCGUGUUUGCCUGUGCCCAUCCUCAUGAAGAAAGCGACGGCAGCGUCUUCCACAUGAUGACAUCAGUUGGUAGAUUCACUCGAUACAAUGUUGUAAAAAUCCCCCCGGCUCAACGCGCGGAGCACAUUAAGGUCGAGCACCCCCUGCAAGGAGCAGAGAUCGCCGCAUUCGUUCAAGCGCCAAUAAGUCCGAGUUAUUACCAUAGUUUUGGCUUGACACCAAAUUAUUUUAUUUUUGUCGAGAAUCCAUUUACUGUCAAUACUUUGCAAGUGUUAAAGAUGAAAAUUGAUCACAGAUCGUUUCACGAUUGUAUGCACUGGAACGCUAAAACACCUUCCAGAUUUCACUUGAUGGAACGAGCUUCUGGCGCAUGCGUGGCAAGUUACGACGCCCAAAGUUUCUUUUGCUUUCAUCACGUUAACGCGUAUGAGGAUAACGAGGGACAAGUCGUGGUGGAUUUGUGCUGUUAUCCAGAUGCAUCAAUCAUUGACCAAUAUUAUCUGCAUCAUUUAAGAAGCUCUCCUAUUGAGAGGGUGAGUGAUAAUUUCGCUGAUCCCGAGGUAAGAAGAUACAGGCUUCCAAUACCUCGCGGUAAAGAUGCGUCUAAAUCCCAGAAUCCUCGCAUGCAGUACGAAAUCUUAGGCGUCGAUCUUGAGCUGCCUCGUAUCAACUAUCGUCAGAAUGGACUGGAUUAUAAAUACAUUUAUGGCACAGGACCACAUAAGCACGGCCAUUUCCUUGACCAGCUCGUUAAAUUGGACACGGUUUCUAAACAAAAAAAGACGUGGUAUGAAAAAGAGUGUUUUCCAUCCGAGCCAGUGUUUAUAGAGAGACCUGGGGCCAAGAAUGAAGAUGAUGGCGUCAUCUUGUCAGGUGUCGUCGGUACGAAGGGUCGGAGUUCUUUUCUCCUUUUUCUAGAUGCAGCUAGCUUCAAGGAAAUUGCUCGCGCGGUAAUUCCGAGCCGUUUGCCUCAAUCUCUUCAUGGAAACUUCUAUUCAGACUUGAGUUAUAAAAUCAACACAUUCUAUGCGAACAAUGUUGAACGAAAGCAAACUGAUGGAAUUAACGUGCAGUGACUUUCUCUUAAAUAUGUAAAGAACGCUAACAUACGCAAUUAAAAGUAAAAGAUUGGAAGAAACAGUGUAAAAUUCUUGCAAAGUUAAAAAUAGAAAUAAUAACGUAGUGCCUUACAAUAUAAAAA